CAAUGAAUGUAAUGUUUCAGUGAUACUCUCAUUUACUAAAUGCUCAUGUAUUAUUUCACAAUAAAAUAUUUGACAAAAAAGAAAACGUGUUACGGUUAAAAUGCCAGUGGAACAUCGUCAGAAUAAAAAUUAUACAUCAGCUCGUCUUAGUUUCGGUGAUUUAUCUCACACCAUAGGACGUCAUCAUAUGUCACCACAUUAUAAUACACAUAAUGCAUCGGAUCGUCUUUAUCAAAUAGCUAUACAAGCUGCAGUAGCUAAAGCAGAAGCGUCUAGAUCUACAACUGAUGAGAUUCAUAAAUUAGAUCAUGAAGAUAGUAUACAUAAAUUCAAAGCCAAUCAUACAACACAUACUUUGACUGAUAAUAAUAAUAAUAAUAAUUAUUAUUAUCAUACUAUUCCAACAACUACUACAACAGCCACAACAACUACAACUUCCACAAAUUUAUCAUCUAAAGUUAAAACGGUACAUUUAACACCACAACAAUGGCAAUUAUUAACUGAUUAUCAUGAACAUGAUUUAUUUGUACGUACAAGAAGUUGGAGUUUUUGUAUGGCAGUACUAGGUGUCGGUGUAGCAUUGUUUGGUAUUGCUAGUCCAGCAUGGAAAUGGAUUGGAGAUUCUCGGAAUCCUUAUGAACUUGGUUUAUGGACCUUGUGUUUACCGAACAAUUCCACUUGUCUUUCAAUAAUCUAUCAUUUACAGAAUAAUUGGAAACUUCAUAUAUCGAUCAUAUGUUUGCUGGGUUGUGCUUGUUUAUUUGGUAUGUUAGGUUUGGGUUUGGCUAUUACAGGUGUAUGUAAAAGUGCCUUAAUUCUUAGACUUUAUUAUUAUCAUUCAGCUGGUGAAUGUUUUCUAGUUUCAAGUAUUGCCACAAUUACAGCUUUAAUUCUAUAUCCAAUUUCAGCAGAGACAUGUAUACAUAAUUUAUCAAAACUUAAUCUAUUCAAAAUAAAACCAUUCGAUCAUACCACCAUCAGUAGCAUAGUUAAUAACAAUAAAAACAAACAAUCUACCACUGAAGAAGAUAUAUCAUUGACUAAUAUUAAAACACAAUAUGGCUAUACAUAUUUUUUAACAUGGAUUGCAGCGUUAUUUUUUUUCAACUCAUUCGUUGGCAUGAAUUUAGAUUUAUUGAUACAAUCAUUUAUUCGACCAAUACCACUCAUUAGUAGUAUGAUCAAUAAUGUAAUGCCAUGUUGUAGUCUGUCCACCGGGUCAAUAACACAAUCACCAGUCUCGUCUACAUCGUCACAUUCAUCAUAUCAUCUUCAUGAAUCCAUGUCUAAUCAACGUCGAAAUCAAGUAAAUGGACAGAAUGUAGAACAAAGUUCUAUGUCGAACAAUAAUAAAAAUACAGCGUCUAAUCCUAGUGGUAAUCUACAUUCUAAGCGUAAAUUAAUGAAAUGUCAACAUGAAUUUGUAUCAUUCGAUGAUAGUACUACAGAGACGAUUCAACAUCAACCUCGUAAUAAAAUACCAAAUAUUCUCUUGAGUGAUUAUGAUCAAAUAGGUGAAUCGAUCGAUUCACAAAAUAAUAAAGUGCUGCAUAGAGAUAAUUCUAUUGAUGUGACUGAUGAGAUUUUUGUGAUUUCUGACGAGAUUUUGCAUGAUUCAGGUCAAGAAGGUGAAUGGACUUAAGUGAAAUCUAAUUAUAUCAGAUUAAUAAUGAUCAUAAAUGAUGACAUAAAUUAUGAUAUGAAUUCAAGUGCCUCGGACACCUUUAAAAUGAGCUUGGCGCUAACUUCUUACAGAAUAUGCCAGAAAAUGCCUAAAUCCAACACGCCUAAGUAACUAUUUGCCAUAAUUUGUUCAGUGAUCACCUUUUUCAAAAAGCAACUGAUCAGUAAAAUACAUUUAUCAUUUAUACGCAACUAAUAAGAUGAAUAAGGCUUCCAGUGUUGAAAUCAGAUGGUACCUUACGUAACGUUCUUGUUGACACAUUAUUUUUAGGUAAUCAGAUAGCAAGCAAUUUAUGUACAUGUAUAUAAGCUUUUUCAUCAAGAUUAAUUGUGAUUAAACUGAAUUCUUUAUUUUUUUUUUCUCUCU